AGACAUGGUGCAAAUCUUGGCACCAAUUGGCUAAUUCAAUUUAGUUCCACUGCAUUCGCCCUGUCGGAAUAUUCAUGAGGUGGAGAGUGAGUACCACUGGUACUGAGGGAGAAGAGUGCAAUAAGGAGGGAACGGGAAGGCUGCAAGACUUUAGGCAAGCAAAAGCGAUGUAGAAAAAGUUUAUCAUCUGCAUUUUUCAGGCAUCGCUCGCCGAAAAACAUUGCAUUUUCUCGGAAGAGCUUUCGAUGCAACUUUUCUAAAGAGUCCUUGUUUAGUGAGCUGCAGGGGGCAAUGAGGCCGGAGCAGGUUUUGAGGUGUGAAAAUUGACGGGAGUUAAACAGGACUGUCGAGAUGUGGUGCUGUCGGCAUUUUCUACUCUCCAUAAUCAUUCUUGAACUGAUUGGCUUGGAAGGCAGUUUCAGCUUGUGAAUUGCAGAAGAAAAAUUGCCAGAGCAUAAAAUUGAAGUACUUCCUUCCCCCGUAGAAGAACUGGAAAGAAAGAUAGACAAACAAAAUAAGCAGACUUUCUGACGAAUGCAGAACACAAGCUACCAAGGUGUUAUCCUUACAGUGAAGGUCUAGAACUGAUGAAGAUUUUCAGGAUUCAUUGGAUGAAAGACUUUAUAUUUUCCUGGCAAUCAAGUGAAAAACUCUUCUCUGAUGAAAAUCACCUCAACUCAACACUCAAUAAAGAUAUUAUUUAACCAAAGACUGGUACACCUAGUUUCCAAAAACAGUUUGCAAAGUCUGAGCCCCUUCCCUUUUAAUCUUCACCCACUUUUCUUGUAACGAUUGGCUGUGGUAAUUUACAAUAUAAUGGGUAAUAAGUAUUUACAGGGAUCAUGCCUAUUUCUGUGUCUAGUUGAUUUAGUGCAAGUACUGAAUGUUCAGCCAGCAACCACAGUGGAGAACAGCCAACAUGAUAAGAUGCUGCAUCAUCGUGUGAAGAGAGGUUGGGUAUGGAACCAGUUUUUUGUGUUGGAAGAAUACACUGGAACAGAACCACUAUACGUUGGCAAGCUUCAUUCAGACAUGGACAAAGGAGAAGGGUCUGUCAGAUACAUCCUCUCUGGCGAUGGAGCAGGUACUGUCUUCACGAUUGAUGACAACACUGGAGACAUUCAUGCAGUGCAGAGAUUGGAUAGGGAAGAGAAAUCUCACUAUACUCUGCGUGCGCAAGCAUUGGACAGAUGGACUGGUAGACCAAUGGAACCAGAGUCUGAAUUCAUCAUCAAGAUCCAGGAUAUCAAUGACAAUGAACCAAAAUUUCUCGAUGGACCUUAUGUAGCCAGCGUUCCUGAAAUGUCCCCAAUAGGUACAUCAGUAAUACAACUUACAGCUAGCGAUGCUGAUGAUCCCACAUAUGGAAACAGUGCACGAGUGGUUUACAGCAUCCUUCAGGGACAACCAUACUUCUCAGUGGAAGCAAGGACAGGCAUCAUCAGGACAGCUUUACCAUACAUGGACAGGGAGGUAAAAGAUGGAUACCUAGUGGUUGUACAAGCCAAGGACAUGGGUGGACAAAUGGGGGGAUUAUCAGGGACAACGACUGUAAACAUCACCCUGACAGAUGUCAAUGACAAUCCUCCUAGAUUCCCUCAAAAGCUAUACCAGAUGAGCGUGAUGGAGUCAGCGGUGGUUGGCUCAGUGGUGGGAAGAAUUCUAGCUAAGGACGCAGAUGAGGGGUUAAAUGCAGAAUUGAGCUACAGCUUCAUCGAUGGUGAUGGGAUGAACGUAUUUGAGAUCAUCACAGAUGAAAGUAACCAAGUUGGGAUCGUCACCUUAAAGAAGCCAUUAGAUUUUGAAACCAAGGACAGCUAUGCAUUGACUGUGGAGGGCACCAACACCCACCUGGACCUUCGCUUUCUAAACUUUGGUCCAUUCCGAGAUACAGCCAGGGUGCGUCUGACAGUCGAGGAUGUGGAUGAGCCUCCACAGUUUGAUUCUCCCUACUACAUGGUGGAGGUGUACGAAGAUGUCACUAUCGGAACCACUAUCCAAAUAGUUUCAGCAAAAGACCCAGAUGCAGCCAACAACUCAAUCAGGUAUUCAAUCGAGCGAUCCACCGACCCCACUAGAUCCUUCUACAUUGAUAUCGCUUCAGGAGCUCUAAUGACUGCAAAAUCACUGGACCGAGAACAUCUUUCUUGGCACAACAUCACAAUCCUCGCAAUGGAAAUGAAGAAUCCCACACAAAUUGGGAGUGUUUCAGUCACAAUUAAAGUUCUCGACAUCAAUGACAAUCCACCAGAGUUUGUGAGGGAUCAUGAAGCAUACAUCUGUGAAAAUGCUAAACCUGGUCAGCUGAUUCAAGUGGUCAGUGCAGUGGAUCCAGAUAACCCUCAAGGGGGUCAUCACUUCUACUACAGCCUGGCUCCUGAGGCAGCUAACAACCCGAACUUCACCGUGCGUGACAAUCAAGAUAACACUGCUUGGAUCCUGACCAGAAGAGGAGGGUUCAACCACCAGGAACAGGGCACCUACUACCUGCCCAUUCUCAUUGCAGAUGAUGGGCUUCCAAUGCAGAGUAGCACCAGCACCCUGACAAUUCGAAUCUGCGGCUGCGAUACAGACGGAAAUGUUAGGUCCUGUAAUGUUGAAGCCUACAGUCUUCCCAUCAGCCUGAGCAGAGGGGCACUUAUUGCAAUUCUCGGUUGUAUCUUCAUCCUUUUGGUAUUGAUAUUGUUUAUCUUAACAAUGAGAAAGCACAAGAAACAAUCCCUUAUUGUUGACGAUGAGGAAAACGUCCACGAAAAUAUCGUGCGAUACGACGAUGAAGGCGGAGGAGAAGAGGACACAGAGGCCUUCGACAUUGCUGCCUUGUGGAAUCCCAGGGAAGUUCACUUGACAAAGUCCAGGAGAGACAUGCUGCCAGAAAUUGAAAGCCUGUCCAGGUACGUGUCGCAGAGCAGAGCAAGCAAUGACAAUGUAAACAACUACAUUCUGACAAAGUUGCAUGAUGCCAACACGGACCCCUGUGCUCCCCCCUUCGACUCCUUGCAGACUUAUGCAUUUGAGGGGAGCGGCUCUGUGGCAGAAUCACUGAGCUCCUUCGAGUCAACCACAACAGACUCGGACAUCAAUUAUGAUUAUCUCACUGAGUGGGGACCUCGGUUCAAGAAACUGGCAGACAUGUACAGAGGCUCCGAGAGUGCUGAAGACUCAUUGUAGCCAGCGGAUGGGAGCUUCUUGAUCUACAGCAACCUCUGUUCAGCAUGGAACUCUGUCCAUUUUGGUCAAAAAGCCCAUAGUCAAGAUGAAGCAUCUUUGACUUUCAACUGGGUUUAAGCAAACCACGUAAAAGAUACUGAAACUGCAGUCUUGGCAGUGCAGACAUGCAGAACACAUGACAGAAAGGACAGGAAAUAACCUGAAUCGUUAAAGUCAUUAUUUGCCUGUAGGGAAGGACAGAAAAUAAAACACAUUAAGGUAUCUCAGCCUCUGAGAAAAAAAAGUGAUUAUGUCUUGCCUCUGUAACACUGAAAUCUAUUCUAACACUGAGCAACGAGAGCUCACACACCACCCCUCCCCCCACCUCAUUUGCUGAUGCAUCUUAAAUCAGAAUGAGACUGACCUAUAUUUGAGACUUGCUUAUUCAUUUUCAAAACUCACUGUAAAUAUCUGGGCAGGAACGUUGCUUAUUAAUCAGGCCGCUGCUGCAGUCACACUGUAAGCAGGCUUAUUUUUAAUUUGGUAGUUCAUGCAAUGGCAUACUGUUACCCCAGUGGAUUGUUGAGCUAUGAAGAGCUCUGCCUUUCUGGUUUAAUUACAUGUCAACAAAAAAGCAGUGCCCUUAUAUGUGAAAGAAUCAUACAAGCUGAUGAGAUAGCUGUGCAUAUGCCUGUCUGAAAAUCCAGCAAGAUUCAAGCUCUCCAUAUGAAUACACAAAGGAGGUUCAUCGCUUCAGCAAGAGGGCCCCUCCCCCCCCCAUCCAACAUCCAUACGAUGGCAAAUCAGAAUCUGAAAGUGAAGCAAAUCUGGAUCCUUUCCUUCUUUAAAACUUGCUUUCCAUUCAUAGUCAAACCCUCACAGUUCGCAUUGUUCAGCAGCAAGUCAGAGAAAUGGAAUGGAAGAGUGGCUUUGUAGGUGGAGAAGCGUAAGCCUCAGAGAUGUCUGUGAAACAGCUGCUUACUGAUGUACUGAAUUCAAGACACUAAGACCUUGGCUGAAUCAAACGGUAGAAAGCAGUGGGGAUCAAACAAAUCUACAUUUUAAAAUGUAACAGAAUAGAUUUAUCUAAACAUAGGAUGCAAAAAUAAUGACAUUUAAGUCAGUGUGAAAAAUGUAAACCUCAUUAUUUCCCUGGCUGUGCAUGCAGUUAAAAGUAUACUGGAAUCAGAUAAUUGUAAAUAGAUGAGCAAAGCUUCAAUGAAUUAUUGAUUCCACUGUCCUGGAUACAGGAGAUGUGUCCAAUGACGACCAAUGCCUUUGAAAAUGGCUACUAAUCUGUUCAAUAUGACUGGACCAGGUCACAUUUUGAAAACAAAUCGUUUUAGUCUGGAUUUACAGUGCACAUUGGAGUCGAGAUGUUUGGUAGUCAGGGACUGCUGCCUUUGGUUUUGUGAACUUGCUGCGCAGAGACAGAACUUUCUCCUCACCGUGUUUUAUCUGUAUGGUGACCAUUGAACUUGUAAAAGGUACUCUGAUUUAAAGGAAGAAAUGGUGAAGAUGUGCAUCUUUAACAACAAAAACUGUAUUUUCUUGUUUAUGGAAAUUUUUUGUACAUUUGUUAAUUUCUUAAAAAAAAUGAAUAUUGAUGUGCUGCUUGUCAGGACGUUAGCAGUUGUUUUAAUAAAAGUAAGUAAAUCAUC